UUAUUUUGAAUUCGUGAACGGGAAGUGAAGCAGCUGCAGUCAGAUGAACUGCAGUUUACGGACACAAACCCUGUAAAAACUCGCUCAAAAUCAACCUGCCAGUAAUGAGAAGCACGGCAUGGCAGACAGACAGGACAAUGAGGUGGAGGAGGCUGAGCAGGUGUACCUGCUGAUGAAAGAGGAGUACAGGAUAUCACGCAAUGUGCGUCUGUCCUGGUUCCUCAACCGGCUCAAUCAGGUCGUUCGGCCCAGUCCUCUGUCUGAGCUGCUGAAGUCAGAGAACGAGCUGGAUGUUUUGAGCGUCCUCCCGAAAGGAUGGCAGCCCGAUUCUCCUUCCUCGUCCUGCCCAUGUCUGCUGGUUCCCUCCACACGCGUCACCUUCCUGGCGCGCAGGUACCGCUUCAUCAUCGAGCUGGACCUGAGCCCAUCCACCGGGAUCGUGGAUGACAGCACAGGAGAGAUGAUCUUUGAUGAAGUCUUCCACGCUCUGUCUCGGUGCUUGAUUGGUCUGGCAAAACCCUUUAAAGUCCCAGGAACUGAUCACUUGUUCCAGCCAGAGAUCUUCAUCACUAUUCUGGCGUAUUCCUCCAUCAUUGGCCUUAGUUCUCAUCAGGUGUUGGUUCAGGGCUGUCAGCUGGACUGUAUGGAUUUGGAGCAGUUCUUGCAUCAUAUCUAUCAGCAGCUGAGAGCCGUGGAGAGCAGCAUUGCUGACGUCCUACAGCAGCAGCACAAUCAGUUCAGUGGAUCUGUCUAUCAGUCCUUCUCUAACGAUGCUGUGGAGGAACUGUCUCAGAGGAAGCCGGGGGUUUCCAUGGUGACGGCUGAUGUCGGGCUGGUCAGCAUGGUGAGGCAGGGGAUUCUCGCGCUGCAACUCCUGCCUCCGAACUCUGGUGCUGGUAUAAUAAUCAUCACAGAUGGAGUGACGAGUGUUCCUGAUGUAGCUGUGUGUGAAACACUGCUGAACCAGCUGAGAAGUGGAACCAUUGCCUGUUCAUUUGUCCAGGUGGGCGGUGCUUACUCCUACGACUGUAGUUUUGGCUACAUCCCCAACGUGGAGCUGAUGAAGUUCAUCUCCAUGGCAACCUUUGGCUCCUACCUGUCCAUGUGUCCAGAGUCGGACUCUACAGGUGACGAGAUGAACGCUUACCACCGCGCCUUCCUCACCUACUCCUUCCUGAAGACCGGCGAGUCCAUGAACCCAGAGUACUACUGCUUCUCCCAGCACAGGCUCUUUAAUGAACACCUGGUGUCCGCCAGUGGAAACCCCGCCUUAGUGAUGCGCAGGAAGAAACACACGGAGAAGGAAGUGCAUGCUGACUUGAUCAGUGUCCUGUCCAUCAGACUGCGAGAGGGAUACACCAUCCGAGAGAUCAACAUCACUAAAGGAGGAAGUCAGCUGGAGGUGAAGCUGGUCCUCCUCUGGAAGCAUAACAUGCGUGUCGAGUACCUUGCUGUGGCGUCCUGGCCCCUGUAUCCAGUCCAACGCACCACCUGGGUGGAGGUGACCAUAGAGGGCAGCUACGACAUCCUCCAUGACAUCAGCUGCACCAUGAGGAAACCAAUCACAAGCCCCUACCGGACGUCUGUCAUCCGCCGCUUCUGGAACACUCUGCAGAGCAUAAAUCAGACAGACCAGAUGUUGGUGCACCUGCAGUCCUUUAAUUCCAUCCCAGAACACUACACCAUCCCCGAAAGCACUAAAAAUGGGGUUCCUCUGUUUUACAUCCCACCUGGAUCCACCACACCGGUCCUCUCUCUCCAGCACAGUGGCUCUAAAGACUCCAGCCAAUCACAGUUUGCCUCCUACUGGAAGCCUAUCCUGUCCAUGGAUGCCAACUUCUGGCAGCGCUGGCUGCACAUGCAUCGCAUCGCUAUCAUUCUGGAGCAUGACAUCCCGGUCCCAAAGCAUGUGCACAACGCUGGCUGUAACGGUCGCUUCAGCACCAUCCAGUGUCGCAUCUCUCACUCGGCGCUCACCUCGUUGCUCAGGGACUGGAGCAGUUUCGUCCUGGUGGAGGGAUACUCAUAUGUCAAACUUAUUUACAGUGCCUCUGAGUUGCCACCCGUCUCCUUCUAUCUGGUGCGUCUGAUCUCUAAAGCUCCCUGCAUGGUGCUGCGAUUGGGCUUCCCGAUAGGAACUCUGGCACACACCAGGAACAAGAUUGUGGAUGAACUUCGAGAGCAGAUCCUACGUCUGCGGUUUCCUCAUCGAGUCCAGAAUAAGGAGGCCACGCCAAAAACUAAACGGAAGAUUCUGGGUAACGCGUCGCCCUCCAAAUCCCCGCCUCUUCCUGCAGCCAAACCGGCGCUGUCUGACCGGCCGUGUGUGGUGGUGCUCAACAAACCCCUCGAAAAACUACUGAUCAGGUACGAGAAACUUCCGUCAGAUUUCCGCACCCCUUUCAUCUUAAACAUGGAGCCGUUCGCUCAGCCGCCCAUCAUGGGCGCCCCUCUCAGCAUGGCUGCCAGCAGGACUGCAUCCUCCACCAUGGCGUCUCUGUCCCGCUACUUCCUGCACCAGCGCUGGGUUUGGGCCGUGCAGAACGGCCCAGGAACCGCCGUAUCGCUGCAUGCGGUCGCUCAUAUCCUCUCCAUGCUCUCCGAUAUUCGUCUGUCUGAAGGCUUCCACUUUGCCGCCAGCGGGGAGGGUAUCGUCAAUAUGGUGGCAGAACUGCCAAUGCAGGUGAAAAGUCUGUCAGCUGAUCUGAAUGGAGAAAGACACACCUGCAUAGUCCAGUACAUCCUUUUCCCACCUCAUUCCACUUCUACUAAGGACAGUUUCUCCACAGAUGAUGACAAUGACACUGAGGUGGAGGCCAUAGAUGUGGACACAGAGCUGAGUUUGGUGACGGAGUGCUGGGUGGAGCCUCAGAGUGGAGCGGUCUGCAGCUCACUGGAGCAGCAGAGACACUUUCAUCAGCUCACCUACCAGGAGAUCCCGCAGGCUAUUUUCCCCCGUGAUCUGUCGUGCAUGACGACGAUGAUCACGUUUGAAUACCUCAUCCAGCUGUGUCAGAAUAAAGAGCAGGUGUGUCCUCUCAGCAGCGUCAGAGAUGCUCCAGGCGAGAUCCCCGCUGCUGCUGAUGACUGCAUACACACUGUACCUUUCCAGUUUGACCUGAUGAAACUCUUGCCCAAGUGCCAGCAGAUCGAGCUCUUCUUCUACACCUUCAGCCGAGAGGGUCAAGCGGACGCCUCCCAUAGCGCCUCCUGUCUGCCCAACGAUCUCCUCCUGAGCCUCUUCCACAGCUCUCUGCAGAACGAGCUCAGUGAUCGAGAGAUCCCAUUGACCGACGGCAAUCAUGUGGCGUUCAUGCAUCACAUCCUAGAGCGGGAAAGAGACGGUCAUGUGGCUCCAUUCUCACUUCCUGUCAUUAAAGAAGAGAGCUUGAAGCCUCCGGAGAGGCAGGACACUGUUCUUUCUUUCCACACUAUAGGAAGCAGUAAAGAGGUGACGGGCUCCUCCAGCACACUACAGAGCUUCAGUAAUGCAGAUCUUGUGGAUGACGAGCCAGCUGGCGCAGAGCAGGACGGCUUAUCUCCUCACUGGAAAUGUUACGCCAAAUACAUAAGCCAUCAGCAGAUCCUGCUCACUUUCCUGCCAGCCACAUUUACAGAUGUGCAGCUUUUGAUGUCUUCUGGGCUGGAAACUGAAUCUCCAAUAAACAGCGGUCCCCUGGAAGAGGAGGAGACCUGUAGUCACGGCAACGGCCAACCACAGGCUGACUCCAUCAGCAGCUCUGCCAAUGGUCCACAGGUUAGAGCAGGUCAACACGGAGAACACAGGAAGGGGUCCACAGUGGAACCAGAAGCAGCACUGGAGACAUCUGCAGGACAGAGCAGCAUGAACACAAGUGAUGCUGCUUCAGAGGAGAAGGACGGGGUUCAGUUUCUGGAGCCGCAGAAGCGAGACUGUCACAUCACGUUCGGCAGACAGACGUCUCAGCAGAGCAGUGCUGACGCUGCACGACCCCGCUGCCCAAUCUACAUCUACAACUGCUCACUGGACUCGCUCAAAGAGCAGCUGGUCCAUCCGCGCUCAGGACGCCAGCCCAGAGACGUCUUCUUCAGAGCUCAAGAGACAGACACCUGGGAGUUCAGUCAGCAGUCCAAAUACAGGUCAAUCUCUCAGGAGCGCAGCAGUGCCUCCUCCUGGACGGAGCUCAUGACGCACCCUCACAAACACAAAGAACUGGCCAACUACUGCAGCCUGCUGCAGGAGCACUACUACCAGAGCUAUGUCAAAGGUGUUUAUCGCAGUCUGCAGCAGUCGUACAACGUGAGCUCGCAGGAUGUGCUGACGGCCAUGGACUACUGCGAGGAGUCGCUGCAGGAGAUCGACAUCACUUCCUUCCUGCAGACGCUCUGCGGACACGUGCGUGUGUUUCGUGAGCGUCACGAGCUGCACGGCUGUGUCAACUCAAGCAAGUCCAGUAACUCUCCCACCACCUUUAUCAUCGGAGAGGGAGAGGAUGAUGGAGCCGACAGAGCCACGCUGGUGUCUUCAUCCAGCAUUGAGCUGGAGGACGUGAGUGAAGCCGAUUCCAGAGGGAAAGUCUCUGCUCCCGCAUCCCCGCUGGACCUGGACGAGCCGAAGUCUCAAAAAAUCCCAGAAUUCCCUCUGUCGCUCCUCCAGUCCCAGCAGAAAUGUGAAGUGUAUCCUGAUUUGCACAAAAUCAUACAGGAUAAAUUCAUGGAAAUUGGUGCUCAAUAUUUCAAGACAGUACCGUCCAAUCCACAUUAUUUCUUUUACUGUCUUCCAUCUUCCAAAAAAGAGGAGGAUUCAGACAGAGAGGGAGAGCGGAGAGCCAGCGAGGAUUGUGAGGUUUCUGAAGCUGAACUCGCCACAGAAGACGAGAACGUGUCGGGCUGCUGCAUCGUGACAGAGAGUGACACGGAUCUGGAGGUGGAGUAUCAGGAUUGUGGGAAUGGCAGAGCGGAGGCUGGAGGACAGGGAGCAGGUGAAGGCGAGUCUCCGUCGGACUCCAACACUGUGAACCAGGACGAGGAUUCCUUCAGUAUUCUGGACGGAGACUCCCUGCUGGAGGUGGAGGGUCCGCAGCCAGAGAUGCCGCCUCUGUUUGUGCAUCUCACCUGCUCCGUCAACAUGAAGAGCUGCCAUGGCUCCAUGCCCACGCAAACGCUGCCAACCUGUCUGGGUGAAGUCAUUACCUGUCUUGAGAACGCUGAGCAUCUUCAGUCGGUGGAUCUGAACGAGUUGUCUGUCACUCUUGAUAUCUUCGUGCUCACGUUACCUCUGGAGAUCGAGAUCAUGACUCCUGACUUCCGCCACAACAGGUACACGUCUGAGAGCAGCGUGUCUCUGAACCGCUCCCCUGGACAGCCCUCAUCCUAUCGCUCUGAUGAGGAGCUCAUGGCUAAUCUGGACGGCCUGCGCGGGGUCGGUGUGGAAAGCAUGUCUGGAGAUCCCCUGUCCAAACUUCCUAUUCCGCACAAAAUGGCUGUUUUAGCCACCAUGGAUGAGAUCCGUUGGCUGUUGGAGGAUGAGAUAGUCUCCGCUUUACGGCACUCGUCUGUUAUCAGCUCCUCCACGCUGCAGAAAGUGUUGGAGCACGUGUGUCGCUCCAGCGGCCGCCCGCAGUGCCACUGUGAGGUCGUUCCCCUGCAGUUUGUAUUUGGUCCCGAGCAGUCGCUGGAAAAGUUUCAAGAGGAGUUCAAGAGGUUAUCACUUCCUGGUUACCUGCUGAACGCCGAGCAGCAGAACUUCCACUACGUCUCACUGAGUCGCCAGCAGUCUCACAGGCUUCAGGCCGCGAGACAGCUGUCUAACAUCGCUGCUCAGUACUCAACGGCUGCAGGAACCGUGUCUCGGCAGACCAGCCUGUGUCCUGAGGUGGAGGACGGAGCCAGAGCAUCAGCAAACAUCUGCACGUCAGACAGAGAAGCAGAGUCCAAGAAAAAAGAGCCCAACACUGAGCAGGUAGAGUGUGGAGAAGCGCAGAGGGCUGAUGAGGACACGCGGCCUGCAGCAGCUGAUUCAGCCAGCGAGUCUCUCUCCGAGACCUCUGACCCCGGGCAGCUCAAACAGGCUGACACGGAGGAGACUCGACCUCAGAGUGCCGUCAGCGGCGCUGCUCACCUGCAGGCGGGCAGCAGCAGCACCGAGCGCUCGUCUGAUCACACGUCUCCUCCCAAAACCCCCUCCGCCGCCAGCCUGGCCGAGUCUGUGCAGUCCACCACACACAGCAGUGGGAAACUGCGGCCCAGUCGAGUUCAGAGCGUCGUCUCCAGUCAGGGCAGCCUGGACUCAGACAUGCUGGGUUAUGAUGGUGGCAGCAGUGAUUCUGAGUGCGACGGACCCACAAUGAACGAGCAGGAGAGACAGACGCCACUCAUGCCUGAUUUCUGGCUCAUCAUCAGGAUUCAUCAGGACAGAGUGGAGGUUUUCUCUCACGCCAGGAGUUUUAACAGAGAGAAAGAGGAGGAAGAGGAGGAGAUCCCAGAGUACCUGCGUCUUCAUCAGCUGGUGGUGAGGAGGAUCGGAGAAAUGUGCCGAAUAGUCAACCAGCGCCUCCUACUGCAGGACCUGCAUGACAGUCGCGUCUGCCACUCUCUCUUAGUGGCUGAGAGCGAGGAGGACAUCUGGAAGCACGAGUCGCUCUACCGGCCCAGGAUGACUAACUCUGACGACUACAAUGCAGACGAGAGCUAUCAGCCGCGGGACUACCUUGCCGCCACCAUGCAGUUCAUCCCGGGUUACUUCGCCUGUGACGUGGUCUGGAGCACCGUUAUUUACAUUCACCCGCGCCUCAAGAUGGGGCCCAACAUGGGCGUGUCCCGGGCUAUCCAGGCUCUGCGCUCCGUUCUUAACGCUUUCUGUGUGGUAAACCGCAAAAACAUGUUUGUUUAUCAGGAGCGCACCACCAAAUCUGUUUUCUACCUCCGACUCUCCGAGACGUCUCAGGCAGGGAAGUACAGUGAUUUGGAUGGAAACGUGCACGUGUCGCGCUCUGUCGGUCUGGCCCGCAGCCAGGAGCCGCUGGGCUCUGAGGACCUCACGGCACCACGCUCGUCUGUGGAAGGCUCAAGGCCGGUUGGACUGGUGGACAAACACAUUUUGCUGCAGGUGCAUGGCGUAGGGACCGCAGGUCCAGAGAUCUCUGAUGAAUUGGUGAAGGUUUUGAGGAAGCGUCUGGACGAGGCCACGCUGGACAUUAUUACGGUCAUGCUGGUCAGGAACUGCAAACUGACGCCUGCAGAUGUGGAGUUCAUUCAGCCUCCUGGCUCUCCGGCGACGGAGGUGAUGGAGUUCUGUCUGCCGCAGUACUGCGUGCCAUGGAUCCAGGCGGUGGCUCACUACCUCCGUCAGAACCUCCUCAUCUUCCUCCACAUCCCCAAAUACACUGACAGCAACAUGGAGCACCACUUUAAGCAUUACUUCCAUUUGAGCAGCGAGCUGCCCGAUCAUGACAUCUACCUGUACAAUAAACCUGGAGGCCAGGGCACAGGAGGCAAAGGUACAAUGUCGGACCUUGUUCAGAAUCUCUUCCCAACCUCUCAGUUUCAAGGUAUCGCCUGCAUCGCGCUGUCGUUCGUGGACGCUAAAGGCUGCGUGCUGCAGGUUCCCGCUCAGGACGGCAGCGGCCCGGCUCUCAGAGGCGACGGCUCCUGCAUCUCUCUCCAGCCGGACCAGUUUGAGGCCUUGACGACUGUCGUCAAAGUGGAUGCUGGUAGCCAGAGCUCAGGUGCAGCCGUGCGUGUGCGCUUUGACGUGUGGGAGCAGGGUAACAUCAGCCCGCUGCAGCUGACCGACCGGCUCAGGGCGGCUCUACGCCAUGCCCUCUGCGAUGUGCUCAUGGAGAUGCGUGUGCUGCCCAGCCCAUUGUGUCUGGACACCUUCUGCCUUCCUGCAGCUGCCCAGCGGGACGAGAGCACAGUUCCCUUGAGUCUCCUGCAGUCUGACAGUAAGGAGGUGAAGGAGAGCGUUCGGCGGCCCAGUGGAGCUCAUGGGCUCAAGAGCAGCCCGUCUCCCAUCACCCUGAGUUCUGCGCCCAGCUCCACCCCGACCACUGGAACCAGCACGCCCGAGUCCACCACACCCACAGGCAAAACCAUGCGCCGCAGCUUCUGGGAAAUCCUGAGUAAACCAGAAACUUCUGAGCUUGGCAGUCCAAAGACGACAGAUGACAUUGUACCGGAGCGUGUCGAGGACAGUCGUGUGAACCGGCGGAGACACAAGACGGAGAGCGUCAAACAGCAGUGGAACCAUGAGAAGGCCAUGGCAGUCGAGCAAGAGCAGGCCCAGAGGAGACAUGCAGUCCAGCUGGAGGAAGGUGAUACAGGCACUCUUCAGCCCGUCUACCAGACCACGUACCUGCCCUGGGUCACCUUCAUGAACAGACUGGGUUGUCCGUCCAUCCAGCACUGUUCAGCUGAAGCCUCGCAUCAUUUCCUCCUGCCCUCCAUCCUCACAGAGACUGCCAAUCUGGUCAGCUCAUUGGCCAGUGACACGGCGGUCAAAGUGUUUGAAAGAACCAGCUGUCUUCAGGGAGACAUCUAUGUCCCCCUGUCAAUCAUCCAGCACAUCAGCCAACCACCUGGCACCACCAGGAGCUUCAUUCUCAUUGGUCGCAACUUCAGCCAAUGGCACUGCAAUGCAGAACAAGAAGACAGUUCAGAUGAAGAGAACAGUCCUGUACUAAAUAGGUGCACACCUAAUAAGGGCCUGCAGCGGUUUGAGGCUUUGGAGCACAGUGAUUGGCUGAGCCUGGGGCUGGCCGUGAGGGGCGUGGCUCCACGCCAGCGCUUCCUGUACAUACAGAUUGUCAAUAAGAAGGUGACUCUGUACACGUAUAACUGGUCGGUGGAUCUGGGCGUCUCUCUGAAUCAGGGUCUGGUCAGACUGGUGCAGUGGCAGAACGCCCGCGCUCAUGUGGUCAACUGCCUCCUGAGUCAGAAAAUGGGCCUUUUCCAUCAUUACUGCUUCUCUGAUACGCCUACACAUGAGGACCUGAAACAGGAGCCCAACCCGUUCCUGAGCUCCACGAUCGAGGCAGACGCUCUGUUGAGGAGUCCGGUUCCUCCGGCCGCGAGUAAGGAUCAGGGUCGGAUGGGCAGCUCUGUACGUGCUCUUCCUCCUCUGGCCUUCCCCGGAGAGCUCGUGCCCUUUGAUGAAGCUCUGAGAGACGUGAACACCGUGAGGCCCCUGACCAGUCAGGACGGGCCCGAUAUAGUCGCUCGCCAUGGAGCUCAGCUACUGGAGGUUAAAGGUGCUGAACGCAGAGAGCUGGAGAGACAGAUGAAGAUUGAGAAUCUGUUUGUGACGUGGCAGCAGCGCUCGGCUCAGUCUAACAUGCCCAUUUCUGUGGCGGAUCUGGACACACUGAAGCAGUCGUCUCGAUUGGUCCAUUACUGCGCCACUCCGCUGCUCUUCGACCCCGUCUUCCGGAAACAGAUUCAAGAGGAACAGCUGCCUCAGCCACCGAUGAAGAAGCGGCAUCGCUCCAGUGACUCUACAGCAUCCGGGCGCGAUCGCAGCUACAGCACGGAUUCUGCAGACAUGCUGCCGAGUCGUCUGAAGGAGGAGCCGUGGCUGCAGGAGAUCUCCAGCAUGUUUCUGCAGCAGUAUGUGCAGUAUCUGCAGAGCAUGGGCUUCAUCCUGGUGCAGGUCCGGCCGCAGUCGCCCGCACGCAGCAUCGCUCGAGCCCGAGCCGCCAUGUUGAGUUCUUUAUCCACUGAAGGCAGAUCUUCCUUCUCCUCUUUCUCGUAUAAUAAGCAGAAGAGUGAAGACAGCCCCAAGCAGAGCAAUGCAUCGAGCUCAGCGUCGUAUCACCUGCAGAGGGCGCUGCCAGGAGGAAUCGUGCUGAUGGAGCUGGCUUUUCAAGGCUGUUAUUUCUGCGUGAAGCAGUUUGCAUUGGAGUGCUCAAGGAUUCCCAUGGGUCAGACGGUUAAUUCUCAGGCCCAUCUCACCCUUUCUUUCCAUCAGGAGUCUCUUCUCGACAAACCUCCUAGCCAGCCGUUCCCCGAGGCGCCCACGGCCUCUGACUCUGCGGUAUGUCUCAGCAUCCUCGGGGCGGGGCUCGUCUCCCACCAAUCAGGCUUCAUUCUUUCCCUCAGACUCCUCCCCCAUGAGCUGUCCAUGCUGUUCACCGAGGAGUGCGAUAAGGUGCGGGACCUGAUGCAUGUUCACUCCUUCAGCUACGACUUCCACCUACGUGUGGUGCAUCAGUACCUCGUGGGCUGUCACAUGACCCUUCGGCAGGGGUACCAGCUCACGGCCUUUCUGGAGGACUUCAUCGCCCAUCACCCCGACAUACCCAAGUUUGGACGCAACCAUGUCUUCCAGGGGAGUUUCUCCAUAUCGACGGGGAUGAUCACAGCACAUCAGCUGUAUAAUUACAUCACUGAUCACGCCGGCACUUACGGGAUGAAGCCCUUACGCAUGUCUAAAGCUGCAGUUACCACCGAUAACAAGAAGGGGGCGCCGAGCGCAGAUCUGCACGAGUACGCGCUGGUCGCUCUGUGGAACAGCUCUGGAUCGUUUAAGGAUCUGGAGGGAUUGCGACACCAUGAUGACUUUGACGUGUCGCUGCUGGUUUGUCAUAACGCCGCCCCGUUUGAGGAGCAGUCGGAGGGAGAGAGACACCUGCUCAGGCUGCGUUUCUACGUGAUCAUGACCAGUCAGAGGGAGCUGUUCCCGCGUUUGACUGCAGACAUGCGGCGCUUUAAGAAGCUUCCUCAGAUCCACCGUGACCCCAGUGACCUCAGCGGCUGCGUCCCUGCGGAGCAGAUGGAGGCCGGCAGGGAAUCUGAACUGGACCUGUGGGAGGACACCACUGUCCCCGUCACCCCUGCAGCCAGCCCUGAGUCUGACCCCAUAGAGAGCCUUAUGCACGCAGAUGCAGAUGCAGAUGCAGACGCAGACGACUCCCAGGGGCUCUUCUACCUGUGUCCUCUCUUCCCCCUGCUCAGUUCGGAGGUGCUGUCUGCGCGCCGGCAGAUUCAGAGCAGCGUGGAGCAGGCCAUGGGCCACUGCCGCAGGGAUAACCUCUGGAGGAGGCUCUUUCACGGAGAGCACUUGGCUCUGGAUAAACUCAAACUCAGCAAGCUGGCCUUUGGUGAACUGGAAGAGCUUCUGAACGCUGUGCAGAGCAGAUCGGUUUCUGAGAUUGACCCGCAGCUGGACUGUUUCCUGAACAUGAGUCCCACCUGGUACCAGAGUCUCAUCAAAGUUCUGCUGUCCCGCUUCCCACAGAACUGCAGACACUUUAAAGAUGACUGCGGCAUACAGUAUCUGGCUGUCCUGAACCAGAAGUUCACAGACUGUUUUGUGCUCGUUUUCCUGGACACACAGGCAGGAAAAACUAGUCUGAAGGUUGUUUUCAGGGAGCCGUUACCUGCGCAGACGCAGUCGAGCAGCAGUCCUCCACCGCAGCUGGUCUCCAUGUACCACCAUCUGGAGUCGGUCAUCAACACCGCCUGCUACAACCUCUGGACGGGCCUGCUGUGAACCUGUGUGCUCCUCUGUGUUUCUGCCAGAGGUGCAUCAGACAGAGUCAAGUGUCUGAAGUCAGUUUGUGCAAAGCCGCCCGUCGCUCACAGACUGAGCCUGAACGCAUCUUGUGUGUGUAAUGUGUGCUGCGUGGCCAGAUUGCAUCCAUUUAAGCAAUUACAUUGCUAAUAUUUUGCACAGGAAACGGCUAAAUGUGCUGCUCUGUUGAUUGGAUGGCGAUUAUCCGGGAGGGUGUAUUUAUUGCGUGUGAGACUUCGCUGGUUUGCCAAAGCCAUACUGUCCUUCUGUAGUCUAGUGUUCAUUUGUGCUGUUUUUUUCUCCAUCUCCUCUGUUGUUGAUGUUGUUUCUGUAGCCUGUGUGCAUUAGAUUUUUUUUAUUUAAUUUUUUUUGCCCCAUAAUGCAUCACUUUGCGCAACAUGAUUGUCUUUACUGCCGUUUUUUCAUCCCGAAAGUGCCUUUAUUUUACUUUCAUAUGAACUUGAUGGGAGCUUGUGUAUUAUGUUCACCUUUCGAGAUGAAUCUCUUGAGGGGACAGUUCACCCAAAAAUUAAAUUCUGUCGUCAUUUACUCACCUUCAUGUCAUUCCAAACCUGAGUUUGUUUCUUCUACUGAACACAAAAGAUGAUGAUUUAAAGAA